GAAAAAUACUACAACUACAUACAAAUGUCAGACUGGUCAAAAUCAAAAGUACCAUCAGUGCAUCAUGCCGAAGCACAAGAAAUUUCUGAAGUCGGAGAAAUCUAAAGUGAAACUUAAAGAUAAAGAUAAAAAGCUACCGAAGGGCUUGAAUGUGACAAAGACUGACUUUAAAGUUAAGAAAAUUGUUAUCAAAGAGCAAAUACGAAAUACGUUCAACGCAGAUGGAACGGUUAUUCGGAAAGAAAACAUUAAGGAACUGCUGUCGAAACUUCAACAUCACAAUGCCUCUUAUCGCAACGAGGGUCUCCGAUACCUGAAAGAAAUUUUAACUCAGAGUCCAGCUGAGGCUAGCAAACAUUUCGGUUCGAUUGUUCAAGGCAUCGCGCAAUUAUGCUUGGACAUUGAAAAGGAUGUGCGUCACGAGAGUUUCAAAGCUUUGUCCAUACUACUGUCGACCACUACGUCCGAUACAUUGGUCCCAUUUUUCGAAACACUAUCGUCAUACCUACGAUGCGCCAUGACUCACAUCAAUGUGAACAUACAGGAGGAUUCGUUGUUUUUGCUGGACAAUCUGUUGCUGUACGCACCGGACCUGGUGGCCGCCAAUAGUAACAAAAUAUUUAUGGGCUUUCUCGAUAUGAUAUCGAAACUCAGCAUCGAAUCGAGGUCGGAGCGAACGUUGUCGGUAAAUUUGUCGAGUAAAAUAACGAGUGUGAAGUGGCGCAGUAAAGUGCUAGACCGUUUGGUGGGCAUGUUGAAGGUAAUGGUUGGUGCUAAGCGUAGUGGCAAAAAGUUGGUCAAUGACAAUGAGGUGGUUGGUACGUUAACGUUAAAAUCAGAGGUGAAAGCCAGCGGUUUCCAGACGAUGUACUACACAGAGAUGAAACCAAUGUACUAUCCAGUCAUCCGAAAUUACUUAAACAAAAACUGUGUUAUUCCCAUGGUAUUCGACAAGAAAACGAGAACGACCAAUCCCCAACAGAUGGACGAACAGGAGAGCAUCCAGAAAUAUGCCGAGCUUCUGAUUCCAUUGAUAAUUGAAACGUGGAUGGAAGUACGUCCACCGAAUGCCGAGCCGGAUAUAACGAAUGAGGCCGCGUUUACACUCAAAAUUUGUUUGGAAAUUGUGGAGAAAAUCCACGAACUGAUAUCGCUGUGGUGCAAAGAAGAAAACAACGACAGCUUAAUGCUUUGGUUUAGAGAGAACUUCAACAAGGAUUUCUGUACCAAUUUCAUGUCAGGAUUUCCGUACAAGCAAAGUGAAGGCUGUAGCACGAGUAAACGUAAAUCAAAGGGAGCACCAACCGAGAGAGACGUCCAUGAAUCGGGAGGAUCGAGAUGUUAUCAGCAAAACUUGAAUCUUUCAAUACUAUUCUGCUGUUUAAAUCGAAAUCUACAUCGAAACUAUGUGAACCAGGCGGAGCAAAUUGUCAGUUUUUUGAAAAAAAAUUUAUCGGAAUUCGAAUAUGCACCGAUGGAAGUGUCGACACUGUUGGUGAAAUUAUUGCGAGAAAUUCUCAUCGAAAAUGGCGAGAAUUGGACGCGAGUUCUUCCGGGCGUUAGAAGUUUCCUGCGGUCAGUGAUUCAAACGUAUCAAAACAACAGAUUCUCGCGUGACAUACGAACAAGAAUCUUAAUUUUGCUGUGCGACAUCGUACUGAACUGGAAACUGUGCAAAGUCUAUGGAGAUAAUUCAUUUUCCGCUUGGCUACCCACGUUACCAACUAUGUUGUGCCAACCAUACAUUUCACAUCAUGUUCUUGCUACGUUCUCGGUAUUGGCGAAACAGAAUAACGAUUUGUUUUUGAAGAAUUUGGAGCAUUUAGUACCGAAUGUCUUAGAGAAUCUAUCCCAAAUACAGGUGACAGGCAUUGACGACUUAUUUGAAGGAAAGAAAAUGAUUGCUAAUCUCCUAUUCUGGGUGGCCAAACUGACUAUCAGCCAGGACCUAUCGUUAUCGGAAAGUAACCCGGAAAUAUUCAAAUAUCUGCAACAAAUAGCAACAUUAAAAGAACAAUAUUUGGCUAAUAAACUGUAACAACACCGCCACUCAUGUAUCGAUUUAAUGUAAUAAACAUUUUACAGAACG